AUGAAUAACCAGUCCUCAAUCCAGAAGAGUCUGGCACCGCCAGAGGCAAAUGCUGAAGCCAUCCAGUACCUCAACUCUCUGCAGCUGGAGGAACUGCAGAUGCUCUUUUUCUCGGAGACGUUGGUCAUGGUCUCGGACUCAGGGGAACCUCAGGGAGAGCUGACCAUUGACGUGCAGAUGGGAAAAUACAAAGAUAAAGAAGUUGGUUUCUUCUCCUACUGCCUCCUGGUGCAUGCCUUCAGCCGAGGCUUCCUCAGCAAAACACCGUUCGGCAACUCCCUCCUGGGCUACCUCUCUAUGAAGCUGGAGAUCUUGGAACAGCACAGCCAGGAAUUCAUCAAGUUCCGUCCCCUCCCCAUGGAACGGAAGACAAAUCUGCUGAAGCAAGGGGAUCAAAUGGCCAUGACCAGAAUUAUCAAGGACGGUGAGGAAGUGAAGACAGAAGUGUCGUUUUUUCCCUGGCACUCCAUCGCCGGCUUCAUCUCUGAGGCUGCCAACCUGGUGUUGCUGAGGCUGAUGGCCUGGCGACAGACAGUGCCCAGCAGUGCCCGCUUCCUGGCCUUGGACACAGAGGGCAAUCUCUGCUCCUCUACCUAUCAAGCCCUGGGCAGGCAGACCCUCCAGGUGGGCCAUCAGCAGGUGGAAGUGUUCAUCGUGGAGCACAACGUGCACUCACAGGAGGGCAUCCCCAUGUCCUGCCAGUUCUACCUGCUCUCCGACGGGCACCUGGCCAAGAGAGUCCAGGUGGGCUCCCCUGUGUGCUGCAUGAUCACCAAGGUCCCAGUCUUGAGGGAGGAAGACGAGAUUGCGCCUCCCCCGGUAUUUGGGAAAAAGUCCUUGGUGUGGGAAGAGGACACUGAACUCUACUCGAAAUUCUUGGAGCGGAAGGAGGAGCUCCGUCUCAGCCACACCAGCUACCUGCGGCAGCACCCCGAGGCCCAAGCGCUGGUCUCCGACUUCCUCCUGUUCCUGCUGCUGCGCCAGCCGGCCGACGCGAUCACCUACGCCGCGGAGUACUUCGGCGCCUUCGCGAGGCGCCACCCGCCGCCCCCCUCCUUGCGCUCCUCCCACCGGCCGAGCCCCUUCCGCCCGCUGGACCCCGAGCGCGAGGCGGGCGACGGCUAG